AAGCAGAGGAAAGAAAGGGAGAUCUCUCGUCAACAGUUAUUCUGAAAUCUUGAGAUGGAUAUCACAGAGUUUCGAAAAAGAGGAAAAGAGAUGGUGGAUUAUAUUGCAGAUUACCUUGAGGAGAUAGAAAAGAGGCAGGUUUAUCCUGAUGUCGAGCCAGGCUACCUGAGGCCCCUCAUUCCAGAUUCUGCUCCUGAGGACCCCGAGAGAUUUGAAGACAUCCUUAAAGAUGUUGAGAGGAUCAUUAUGCCUGGGGUGACUCACUGGCACAGUCCUUACUUCUUUGCCUACUUCCCUACGGCCAGCUCCUUCCCAGCUCUUCUGGCUGACAUGCUCUCUGGAGGCAUAGGCUGUAUUGGCUUUUCUUGGGCUUCAAGUCCAGCUUGCACAGAACUAGAGACAGUCAUGUUGGAUUGGCUAGGGAAGAUGAUCAAUUUGCCUCCACAGUUUUUGGCUGGGAAAGAUGGAGAGGGAGGCGGGGUGAUCCAGGGCACUGCCAGUGAGGCUACCUUGGUUGCACUGCUUGCAGCUAGGACCAAAGUGAUCCAUCGUGUCCAGUCAGAAAAUGGAAAACUGACUCAGGAAGACAUCAUUGGCCGGCUGGUGGCUUAUACCUCUGAUCAAGCUCAUUCUUCAGUAGAAAAGGAUGGAUUGAUUGCUGGAGUGAAGAUUAAACAAAUCCCCUCAGAUGACACAUUCGCUGUAUGUGAAUCAGCUCUCAGGAAAGUUCUAGAUGAAGAUAAAGCCGCAGGUCUCAUCCCAUUCUUUUUUUGUGCAACACUUGGAACCACAACAUGCUGCUCCUUUGACAAAUUACAAGAACUAGGACCUAUUUGUAAUGAGGAGAAUAUCUGGAUGCAUAUUGAUGCAGCCUAUGCUGGGAGUUCAUUCAUCUGCCCUGAAUUCCGCUACCUUCUCAAUGGAGUGGAAUUUGCAGAUUCAUUUAACUUUAAUCCACACAAAUGGCUCUUGGUAAAUUUUGAUUGCUCUACUAUGUGGGUGAAGAAGAGAGCAGACUUAACAUGUGCCUUUAAAAUAGAUCCUGUUUACUUGAAGCACGACCACCAGGAAUCUGGGCUUAUUACUGAUUACAGGCACUGGCAGAUCCCCCUGGGCCGUCGAUUCCGUUCCUUGAAAAUGUGGUUUGUGUUUCGAAUGUAUGGUGUGAAGGGGCUCCAGGAAUACAUCCGCAAGCAUGUUAAACUAGCACAUGAAUUCAAGGAUCUAGUGCUUCAGGAUGAUCGAUUUGAGAUCUGUGCUGAUGUCAUAUUGGGACUGGUAUGCUUCCGACUAAAGGGCACUAACGAAAUCAAUGAGGCACUUCUUAAAAUCAUAAACAAUGCCAGGAAGAUUCAUCUUGUUCCAUGUCAUCUGAGAGGGAAAUUUGUGCUGCGUUUUGCAAUUUGUGCCCGAACAGUAGAGUCUGCUCAUGUCCAGUUUGCCUGGGAGCACAUCACAACGUUGGCAAAUGAACUUCUGAAAACCCAGAAGCAGCAACCGUGAUGGCUAAGAGUAGAGGACUUUGUUCAUUUGAAGAUUUAGGGACUUCUAAAGUGCAAAUUGUGUGUCUUGGCAUGUCUGAUACUUGCAAAACUACCUGCAGCAAACUGUGCUAUAACCAAAUCUAAGGAGGCAUGUGUAUUGCAAGAGAAUUGCCUUUGAAGAUCAGUCCAAGAUUCAUCUAGUUCAGCAUUCUGUUUCCAACAGCAGCCAGCUAGAUACUAGAGAUGUCCAAGCUCCUGCUUACCUCAAAAUGGCUCUAAAAUUAUCCAGUCUCA